AUGGCCAUCUCCCUUGCAAACAGCUGUAGCCCAACGCGGCUGGGUUUCCCAAUGGACGAAAAGGGACCAAAGCAGAGCGUUUGGCAAAGGUUGGGACUUCGAAAAUGGCUGGGUCGUGACGAUCGAGAUUCUCGAGAUUCACGCCACGAUGCACUUUUCCCCCACCGGACUUCUAUCGAUAGUAACAAGCAGGACAACCUCACUCGCCGCCUCUCCCGUCGUGUAGGGGUUGGUCUACCCCUAUCUGCCCCCUUUAAACGCCAAAGCUCUGACGCUGGGCUCGCGCCCCUGAAUAUCGAACCCCAACACCGUCGUGCACAAUCGGCCGACCGUCGCCCGUUGACCCAAAGAUCCCAGUCUCCACCGCCCGCCGUGGGCCCUCGACUUUCCGCGCCAGAGGUUCAGUGGCUCGGCCCGACAACCGCUACCACGGUCGACGAGCCCCUCGAUCUCGAAUUGGAGGAGGAAAACGAUGAGACUGAUUCUCAAUCCGAUUGGGACCCUUCCCCCGACUUAAUCGCUGCCCCUGAGGCCGCGCCAAACACACUCGAGAUGGAGCUGGAACGACGAUGGAUUUUGAAUUUGAGCAUGCACUUCCGGGAUCGUUCGGAGAGGGAGAAGUUCUUCGUCACCUAUGCCGAAACCCCGACCCGAUGGCGCCGAGUCACCAUCUCAUGCGAUUACCGGGGCGCAUCUCCGGACUCGCUCGAGCAGGAUUUGAAGGAAUUGCGAUUCCAGCGGGAUAAAUGUGCGCGGAUUUACGAGUCCAUCCGCGAAUCGCUUCCCGAGAUUCAAUUCUACGAUACCGUCACCAACCUCAAAGUCGAGACCCGCGAUGGCCGCUUGCAUGUCCAUGUCACCGAGGAUGUGAAUGAGACGAUCCCUUAUCCCCCGGUUUCCAGCAUCGGGCAUCUACGGGGUGCCCGAUGUGUGCCAGAGAACCUGUUGCACUUUGAGUCCCACCUCUCUGGCUUUGUUUAUAAAGUCCGGCUAGGCGGUCACGCGUAUAUUAAGAAGGAGAUUCCAGGCCCCGACACGGUGGAUGAGUUUCUUUACGAGAUCAAUGCCCUGCAUGCGCUGGAUCGCGCGCCCAAUGUGAUCCAGGUGGAAGCGAUUGUGGUUGAUGAGCGUCAAGAGGUGGUUAAGGGUCUGUUGAUCAAUUAUGCGGCUCAGGGUGCGCUGGUUGAUAUUCUGUACGAUCAACGGGGGCAGAUCUCCUUUGCAAGACGGGAACGAUGGGCCAAGCAGAUUGUCCAGGGCCUCUGUGAGAUUCAUGAGUCAGGCUACGUCCAGGGAGACUUUACACUGUCGAACAUCGUGGUGGACGGGGACGACAAUGCGCACAUUAUCGACAUUAACCGCAGAGGAUGCCCUGUUGGAUGGGAGCCGCCAGAGAUUGCCGCCAAAAUUGAGAGCAACCAACGCAUCUCCAUGUAUAUCGGAGUCAAGACCGACCUUUAUCAGCUUGGAAUGACCCUAUGGGCUUUGGCGAUGGAGGAAGAUGAACCGGAGCGACAGCCUCGUCCCCUCGUUUUGGGUUAUGAGGUAGAUGUGCCUGACUACUAUCGCCGGCUAGUAGAUAUCUGCCUUAGCCCUACACCUCGACACCGAUUAUCUGCAAAAGAUCUUCUUACUUUCUUUCCGUCUGACCUUUUUUCACGAUCUGUACCCGCGGGCCGGGUUCGAGAUAUCGCCGGUCAUGAUCUAAGACCUCUUCUCACAAAAAACAACGGUGUUGAUGCCUUCCCUGUGGCCCUUCCUGUGACUGACGCCUUCGACCCGCUGCCUCCAUUCGAGAACGGCUUCUCAAAAACACAUGGCAUGCCACAGCCCAUUUUCUCAAAUCACCAUGACCAAGGCAAAGGGUCAACACCCACGCUUGCAGGUUCCAAUGGGGGAGCUUUCUUGUCUCGCCAGUCGUCAGCAUCCACUUUGAAUCAUCCUGAACUGGAUGACCGCGGGCGAAGAUGGGACGUUUCCGAUCCCAGCUAUGAUAGACCCGAGUCCCCCCUAUCCAAUUAUGCCGAAUCAUCUGCGUGGACGAAUAAUUCAGGACAAAAUAUCAACCCGAACAUCUCAGAGCAAGAAAUGCUCCCUUCUGAUGCAGAUCUAGCUGAAUAUCAACCAUCCCAGCCAUCUAUCGACCACGAUUCAAUCAAUGGUGAUAACCGCCCACCUGACAUGGAGCCUGCCGCAUCUCCCAAGUCCUCUGCGCAGAUAUCAAUGCCAGCGCCAGAUGAUGACCAAAUCAACCAACCCAGCGAGCAUUUCUCUAUCCCCAAACCGACCGAAUCCCUAGGCGCAAUGCCAUUUCUCUUCCAUUCCAUCCUCCCGAUCAACCCAGCUCUGCCGGCUUCUCGACACUGGGCAUUUCCUGCCGCAAAAGAUGCACAAUCCCCUUCGCACUUACCUUAUCGCGAGCCUACACCGGAUACUUCUCUCUUGGAACACCUCUCUCGGUCUCGACUACCUAUAAACCCUGCCUUUGAGGAAGACAAGUACAAGCUUGUCUUGAAGCGCGAACUCCUCGAUUCACGACUUCCUAUGAAACCGGCUGUUGAGAACGGUUUAACUAAAUUUGUGUACUCACCUUUUGAGCCACAACCUGCAAGUGUUGGGCUUGGCUCCAUCGAGAUUUCUCCUCUGCUCGAUUCACGACUUCCUAUCAAUGCGGCAGUUGAGAACGGACCAACUAAGUUUGUUUACUCGUCUUUUGAGUCACAGCCCAGUGCAAAGAUUGAGCACGAGCCUCCCGGGCAUCCGUCUCUUGUCGAGUCAGAGCUUCCCAUAAACCCGGCUCUUAAGAACGGUGUCGUUGUGCCCGUGUCUUCGCCUCUAGUGUCACAGCCCUCCAGCGCAAUCGACCUCUCCCCCUCGCUUGUCGAGUCACGAUUGCCCAUAAACCCAGCCGCUGAGAAAAGCUCCGCUAGGAUCUCGCUUCAAGAGAAACGCCCUACUCUCACAACUGAGAAUGUCUCAUUUGAACUUUUUCCCUCGCUUGUCGAAUCGAGACUUCCCAUAAAUCCUGCCGUUGAAGAUGUGUCUAUAACAGUAGGCUCUGAACGACAAACACCAGUUAAUCGGACUGCCGAACACGAACCUAUUAGAUUGGUUUCCUCCAUCCUAGAGUCACGACUCCCGAUCAAUCCGACUGCUGAAGACGGCUCCGUCAGAUUUGUUCUCUCGCCAGUCAAAUCACAACUCCCCAUUAAUCGGGCUCACAACACCUCAUCCCGACUCAUUUCCUCCCUUGUCGAGUCCCGUCUCCCCAUCAACCCAGCCUCUAGAGAACACCUCUAG